AUGGUUGUUAAAGUACUUGUUCUUCUUGGAAGUUAUAGAGAAAACUCAAGUAGUAGUCUUUAUGCAAAAGCAUUUCUUGAAGGAUUAUCUUCUAAAACUCAAAUUGAAAGUAAAACUAUUAAUCUUGCACAAAAAAAAUUAGAUGGAUGUACAGGAUGUUAUGCUUGUUCACCAAAGGAAAGUUUUUAUUGUGUUAUAAAAGAUGGUUUUGAAGAAGUUAUGCAAGAAGUUGUAGAUUCUGAUAUUGUUAUUUUUGCAUAUCCAGUUUAUUGGUAUGCCAUUCCAGGAGAAAUUAAAAACUUUGUUGAUAGAACUGUUUGUUUAUUUGAUAUGAAAACAUAUGGAAUCAAACCAAGUUUAAAAGAUAAUUUCUCUAAAAAACUAUUUGUUUGUAUUUCAAAUUCAGCAGAAGAAGGUAAAAGUAUUUGUGAACGAGCUGCUUAUCCUGUUCAAUCAUUUGUUGAGUCAUAUGGAGCUAAGUAUCAAGGAGUUUAUUUAUCUGGUACACAAAGAGAAGAAAACAAAAAUCAAAGUCGAAUCAAUGAAGCUAAACAAGCUGGAAUUAAGGCUUUUAAUAAACUUUAA